UCAGCGACCCUUUCAAGGACUCUCAGAAGGGGCAGAGGACUCGGAGGGAGAGAGUCGGCAACUGUUUACACAGAAGAGGCAGUUUUCAGGAAGGACACAGUAGCCGGAGGGUUCGCAAAAGUAACAAGUGGUAUCAGACUGAGAUUUAGAGGCUACAUUUUUGAAUUUCGUGUCCAGGGAAAUUUACAAAAACUGCCACCAUGAAACUCAAGCUACCAAACCCAGGACUGGAAGACAGAAUCCCUUCUCACGAAGACCUGGAGAGGAUGGAGACGGAAGAGGCUGGGGACAGACCCCAAUGGGACAACAAAGCUCAGUAUCUGCUCACCUGUGUGGGCUUCUGUGUGGGGCUAGGGAACGUCUGGCGGUUCCCGUACCUGUGUCAAAGUCAUGGGGGAGGAGCGUUCAUGAUCCCGUUCCUCAUCCUGCUGGUUCUGGAGGGAAUCCCACUGCUGCACUUAGAGUUCGCCAUCGGUCAGCGUCUGAGGAAGGGCAGCGUGGGCGUAUGGAGGUCCAUCAAUCCUUACCUGACUGGAGUUGGCAUUGCGUCUAUGCUUGUGUCUUGUUUCGUGGGUUUGUACUACAACACCAUCAUGGCCUGGAUCAUGUGGUAUCUCUUCAACUCCUUUCAAAAUCCUCUGCCCUGGAGCCAGUGUCCACUCAAUGCUAACAAGACAGGAUAUGUUGAGGAGUGUGCCCGAAGCAGCACUGUCGACUACUUCUGGUACAGAGAAACUCUGAACACUUCAACAGCUAUUGAUGAUGCUGGAGGUCUGCAGUGGUGGGUGGUUCUAUCCCUCGUUGCUGCUUGGACUCUGCUUUACGUCUGCUGCAUCAGGGGCAUUGAGACAACUGGAAAGGCUGUGUACGUCACCUCCACUCUGCCAUAUCUCGUCCUCACCAUCUUUCUCAUCAGGGGACUGACUCUCAAAGGCUCUAUAGAUGGAAUCAAGUUCCUCUUCACACCUGACGUAAAUGAAUUAAUCAAUCCUUCAACCUGGCUGGAUGCAGGAGCCCAAGUAUUCUACUCCUUUUCCCUGGCUUUUGGAGGUCUCAUCUCCUUCUCCAGUUACAACUCUGUGCACAACAACUGUGAGCAGGACGCUGUUCUCAUCUCCAUCAUCAACGGUUGCACCUCCGUGUACUCAGCAACGGUUAUCUACUCCAUCAUCGGCUUCAGGGCCACAGAGAAAUAUGAUGACUGCAUGGGAGGCAAUAUCUUGAAGCUUAUGAACGCUUUUAACUACCCGGAGAACAACAUCACUCAAAGCAACUACGACCAAGUUCUGACUCACCUCAAUCACACAAAUCCGGACAUCAUCCAAGGAUUGCACUUACAGACCUGCGAUUUGCAGACUUUCCUUAGUCAGGGUGUGGAAGGAACAGGAUUGGCCUUUAUCGUGUUCACGGAGGCCAUCAUAAAGAUGCCAGUUUCUCCUCUGUGGUCUGUCCUUUUCUUUGUCAUGCUCUUCUGUCUCGGCCUCUCAACUAUGUUUGGGAACAUCGAGGGUCUUAUAUCUCCUCUGAUGGAUCUCAAAGUUCUACCCAGGUCUUGGCCCAAAGAAGUAAUAAGUGGUAUGACAUGUGCCAUAUCUUUAGCUUUUGGACUCAUAUUUGCUCUUCGAUCUGGGAACUACUGGUUGGCUCUUUUUGACAACUUUGCAGGCUCCAUACCCCUUCUAGUGAUCGGAUUUUUUGAAAUGAUUGCUGUUGUCUACAUCUAUGGCAUUGACAGGUUUAAUAAGGACCUUGAGUUUAUGAUUGGCCACAAACCCAAUAUCUUCUGGCAAGCAACGUGGAGGGUGAUCAGCCCCGUCAUCAUGAUUUUCAUCCUGAUUUUUUACUUUGUCACCCAAAUCACAAAGAAAUUCACCUAUCUGGUCUGGGACGAGGAAGCGGAGAGCUUCCCCACCCUUGCAGAACGCCCCUACCCAUCUUGGAUUUAUGUCAUCAUCUUCAUCCUGGCUGGAGUUCCCAGUUUAGCCAUCCCAUUCUUUGCCCUUUACAAGUUAAUACAGAGGAAAUGCUGCAAAAAGAAAGAUUACGUCGACAAUACAGUGGACACUAUCUCUGCCAAAAUACAAAUGAAUGACAAAAUAAAGUUUUAGAUAAAUGUACUUAUUUUUAGAUAUUUAAUAUCAAGGGACUUGUAAAUUAUGUUUAUUUGACUUUUCUGCUGCUUUGUAAUGAUACAACACUAUGCUGAUGACUGACUGUUAUCGUGUAAAGGCAGAGUCAAAGGCUGAUACAUACUCCCAAAGAACAGAGACAUUUUUCUCUCUGCGAUGGCUGCAAGAACAAGAACAAAGUUACACUGCCUUUCUAUUUCUCUGACACCACGCAAAAAAAGUUUUGACAAGAAUAUCCACCAAGAACGAGCUGCAAGAACAGAAUGACAAUUUUUUUUUUCUUGCACCCUAAAGAGAGACGGCAAAUUUCUCUGUUCUUGCACAGUAUGUAGAGGGUCUUAGGUUUUACUGCUUUCGGAUAGAAAGAAACAUCCCACGAUGAUAUCCAUUGACUGGGGUAGACUGAGUGCAUAUUAAAGUUUUAUUUCAGGAUUGGGAAUAAUACACCUACAGUAGAAACUAUGAAUCUAUUUUGUAAGCUGAUUUGGGUUUUACACAGCUUGGUAGGCAACUUGGAGUUAAGUCUAUUCCCCAGGGGCACAUCAACAUAUGACGAGAGGAAGCCGGAACUGCACCCACAACUUUCUAAUUGCAAGACAAGUAUUCUACCCACUAAGUCACAAUCACCUAAAUAUAGUUCUCCUUAAGAUUUUUUUUUUUUUUUU